ACGGGCAGCGCCAACGUCGAAAACAAGAUAAAAAUAAAACGUAAGAUGGACGAAAAUUCGAAAAUCCUAACAUUGAUCAGGUGGUAGUGAGCGUGCCAAGUAACGUGAAGCAAAAAAAGUCUGUGUUUGAUAAUUGUUUGUGUGUGACAGUUGUGAAAAAACAUUAAAUGGCUUUACUUAUGUGGCUGUGCGGGAAGUUUUUAAACAGAGAUUCUAGUGUGAAAGUUGUGUAAUCUCGUCUGUAUAUCAAUGACAUAGGAUAUCAAUUAAAUAUAAGCUUUUUCAUAGAAUGGAAAAGAUGCCUUCUUCCGGCACUACCAUUCCGGAAAUCAUUAGACUUCAGCUGAGGAAGCCGAAAAGUUGGCACUGGGAAUUAUCUACUUCGAAGUCUUCACCGCACAUUAUUCUUCCGGUUAUCCAACUAUAUGAUUACAAGGGCCAAUUGUUGGUGGAAACCGCGGAUAAUGAAGAUACUUCGAGGACAAUUUGCCGGAGUAACGAGGCGGCUAGAAGACGAACUUCUGAUGAAAAGUCAAGCCACCUGACCAGGUCUAGGAGCGACACGUCGGACAACUUCAACAAAAAUAAUUCUUCGAGUUUCAAUUCGGUGAAUCGUCGAGACAGGAAGAGACAACAAAAUAAUUUCGUUAAAAUUCCCGACGAAAGUUUCGAAGACCCGAAAAGAAAAACUUUCGAAGUCGAAGGAAAGGCUGCGCCCGGUUUUCCAGAUAGAAAUGGAAUCGCGGAAAAUCACAGGAAAGAUAAUGGACGAGGUUCUAAUCGACUGUCUAAGUGUCAAAGCGAUAUUUAUGGUUUAGGAGAUGAACUGAGACUAUGCUCGUUGGCAGAGAUAUUUUCAAAACUUAAUGAGGUCAACCAAACCCUGCAAGGAAAUCAUAUCACUCCUUUUCGGGUUAAUGAUAAAGUAAGUGCUAUGAAAAAGAAACUGAAUCAAGCAGCAAAACAAGCAGAACUGAAGAAGGUGUCGCUGUUUCCAACGCUCGAGAAUUUCGUCGAAGAAAAUGACCUCAAACUGAGUCCUGUACUUCUGACGGACAUCAAAGCACACUCUUGGUUUGAUUCAAAGCUACAACAUAUAUUUUCCUGA